CUGAAUCAUUAUAGGGAACAUAUGUAUUAUUGUAAUAUACCGCAACAGUAAAUUGGGAAUACAAGAUUGCAUACAUAUGUAUGGUUUGUUUUGGUAACAAAAUUCUGAAUUUUAUUUCAGUUGAUGGAUCAAACAAAAGGGCGAAAGUCGCCUGCAACACUUACAAGGUUCCUCGUAGUUAUCGAAUGGUUGUCAUGAGCCAAAUCUAUAAACAGACAUUGGCUAAAAGCUCAGAAACACUUGUUGAUUCACGUGUUAAAAUUCAUCGUUGCAAUGAAUCUUACAUAUAUCUACUUUCUCCAUUGAGGUAAGGUGUUGUGAUUAUUUAUAUUUUUUCGUUACGUACUCUUUGCUACUUGCAGAAAGGUAAAUCCAAGAAAGUAUGAUGUUCAAACACUCUCUAACCUAUAAAGUCAGUGUAGACAAGGUGCAUCAGCGCUUUGCUUUAUAUUUGUGUCCCCUGCAUAGAAGAGAUGAGCACUGAAGUUUGCAUGUGGAGUAUUUGUUAGUGGAAUAUUUUAGGAUGGACAUUUUUUUCUGGUUACCUCUUUCCUGGCUAACCAUGACACAAUUGGUUAUCUCCUCCCAUUCACACCUGAUAGGAAAAAAGAAGAAAACACUAUGAGAAGGCCUCCCUCUCAUUGUAAUCCUGUGUUUUUGCUCCUAUGCUUCACAUGAGUGAAGGAGUAGUAUUACAAAACACAAAGUACCAUCCAUUAUCAAGACACACAAUGAAAGGAAAAGUUUCCCAUUUCAAAUAACAUGAUCUUGCAGGACAAAUACAUUUUAAACAAAACAUAAGUCACAUACCAGAGUGUACAAAAUGAUCAGUAGACCUCAAUAGCUGAUAAAGUACUAGGUAAUGAAGGUAGGGGGGAAAACAGUGCAGCUAAUAAGAAACAUAAAAAUAGACUCACGGAUAUUUUUUGUGGUAAACCAAGCUAACCUCACCAUUCUUCAGAGUUGCAUUGAGUGAGGGUAUGAAGGCCAGUCUGCUAUUUGAUCCUCACAAGUCAGUUUUUUUGUGACGAGAAGACCCUGCAAGCAGUACAUAUGCUGCAAAUGUGACUUCCAGUACCCCUUUAGUGACUAGGGUCUGAUAUAAACUCUUUAAUUGAUGAGCUUACAAUUGUAUAUAGGGUGCAUUAAAAAAAGUGAUUAGUGAGCCACUUGGAUGUUUUGGAACACAUACUGAUUGAAUGACAAGGUCGCCUUCUUCUGUGGCCUGAACUAACUCAAAUAUAGUAUAAGCUAUGGUGAAUGUAAGCCAGGAAACUAAGGUAGUCCAGUCUGAGCAGAAAUUGUAGAUUAUACUAGCUUUAGUGUAACUAUAAUCUUAAUUUUAUUAAUGACAGGAGGCGAAUAUUUGCUUAAGUCUCUCUUUACUAGAACUCCACAGCAGCACAUUAACCAAUCACAAAAAAGUAAGAAAACCAUAAAAGGCCCCUCCCAACCAACUACUUCCUCUUUCAAGCUUUGACAAAAUAGAGUACAUGAACAAUAUACAACUCCAUAAUUAUAGAAGAAGAAAUCAAACAAAAUAAGUCAAUGACCGCCAUCUGUAACAUGGUUCCAGUGGAUGAAAUCUUGACCUUUAUCCUGAAGAAGAUCCGGAUCUAAGAAUCGUAGUCGAACCAUUAAACCGAAACGAGAUAAACCGAGUCGAAAAUUACGAUUAUUGAAUGAAAUGUACUGUGAAAACCUGAAUACACAUCAUCAAUUACUAACAGUACAACAUCCCAGAAAAACACACACUACUCCCCCUAGGAAUACAAUUACCUGACCUAUCUACCACAGCCCAGGAGAACAGGCUCACAUUAAAAGUAGGUCAACCUAAACAAAACCAAAGAAAAAGGGGAGGAAUAAACUUGGAGGAAAAUAUUUGCCUCCUGUCAUUAAUAAAAUUAAGAUUAUAGUUACACUAAAGCUAGUAUCUACAAUUUUAUAGCAUGACAGGAGGCUUCAUAUUUGCUGUUUUAACGCUCUAACAGCAAAGCAAAAGAAGCAUGAUCCGAUGGUCUAAAAUAGAAUUGGCGAAAGGUAUCUUCUCGGGGACCAGUCAGCUGAUUGCAUGAUGUCUUGAAGGGAAGCGCCUGCCAUGAAGGCUCCAGAGGCUGCAGCGCCUUUAACCGAAUGCGCUCCGAAGGUCAAAUUUACCCCGCCAAUGCCAAUAACCAUUUUAUCCAUCGCGCCAGAGUAGGAGACGAGACCUGUCUGUGAGGUCUGACAUAAAUCAACAACUGGCCGGAAUGAGAAAUCUAAGAGGAGCGGUAUUCGGCACAUAACCAGACAGAGUCUUCGCUACACAGAGUUUAGGCGAGUCGCGGAAAUAUGGGUAAAAAAUAGCCAUUGAAUCCGACUUAGUACGUCUAGACACCCUGAUGGUGGCCCCUUCCAGAGAGAAAGAAAAAGCAUAGGCGGCCGCGAUAGACUCAUACCACGAAGAAGUCUGCAGACUAACGGAUCCUGGCCAAUGGGCAAACCUCUAAGCGGUACAUGGGCCGUCGACAACGCUAAUCUCGCCACAUUAACCGAACGAUAUGAUCGUCCCAGGUCAAACAGGUGAGACAGAAAAUUCAGCACACUGGUUACAGGGCCCGUAAAGGGAUCGGUAACCCAUUCCAGACACCAAAGACACCAGGAGCCCCAUGCUGAUAAAAAGCUUCUUCUAGUCCAAGGGGCCCUGGAGUCCCAGAUGAGGUCCUUAGCAGACUGCGAUAAUGCCUUGACAUUCCAGGUUCCCCUGAAAGAGUCCAGGCCACCAAGCGCAGGUGGCUGUCCCUCAUGAGGGAAUCAGGAUUGCCUCGGGAGUCCGAGAGGAGCAUCAAAGGGGACGGCAGGAGUAGUGGAUCCCGAUGGGAGAGAUCCAGAAGCUUAGGAAACCAGGCUUGAGUCUGCCAUAGUGGAGUCAGCAACACCAAAGACACACGCUGACGUCGAACUUGCAGCAAUAUUUUGGGAAUCAUAGCAAACUGAGGAAACGCAUAAGCUCCCCGUCAAGGCCACGCUUGAAGAAAAGCAUCCACCGCUGAGCACGCUGGAUCCGGGAGCCAGCUGAAGUAGGUCAGGACCUGAUUGUAACGGACCGUUUUGCCCAAAAGAGGUUAAAAACCGUUUAGGCGAUAUUCCCCUUUUUCAGCUGCACCGACAGCUACUGCAAGCACCAAUCUCCUGAACUGCAAACCCACAAAUUCACCAACUCUCUGACUGCAACCAAGGGAAUACUCGAAACUCCCGAACUGCAUACCAAGGGAAUACUCGAAACUCCCGAACUGGAGACACACUAAUAGCUGCUAGCAGACGAACAGGAAAAGCCCCCAAGCGGCUUACACUCCUGGCAAUCAGUCUCUAACCGCAUACAGUAAAUCCUCCCCCAAUAAUGAGACGACACUUCACUUUGAGGGUUAAGCAGGAACUGAUUUACUGGGGCUAACUGCCCGGCUUUUAUGCAGGUCACUCCCCUAGGGGACCAAAUGGGAGACUGGGACACAAAGGGUAAAAGGACCAAUCACAGACUUACACAUUUCAACCAUCCCACAAUGCAUCAGAAUCCAUCCUCUCUGCCCUGGAGAUAAUUGGGAAGUAAUUUAAUUAUCUCCAAAGACAGAGGCAAAACUCCAUUAACCACAUGGCAGAAAACAAACAGUAAAAGACAUAAAAUUACCUACAGUUACAUUCAGUACAUAAAACAUAUACAUUCUACAUAUCCCCAGAUAGCUCAGGUCUGAGCGCACAUUAUUAAGCGAAUGGCGCUCAGACCACACGAAUACAGUUUAAUCGCCAUGGAGCCAAAGUCUUUACACAGUCCGUUUCAUGCGAAUGGGCUCCAUGGGAUUCCUAUCUGGGGCACAACACACUCAAACAAAACUACCGAACACCGGGCCGUUCGUGCACUUUCACCGAACAAGAAGGGAGGUCGGCGGCUUCAGCGGUGUAAGCGCAAAACUGUGUCCGAUUUCAGUUCCAUGAAUUGAGCGUCGAACACCGCUGUGCAUUCGCAUGUUUAAAAUGGCUGCGACCUCGUGUUCGUGAUACGAAUGGCGGCCACCCAGCGUUCGUCAAUUAAGCUGCGGUUAACCGCAGCUUCAGGGAGGUUAAUUGCCGGCACAUUCCAGCUCCCAGGUGGUCUGUUCAUUCGUGCGGUUUUUCGGUAGAUUGAAUCUACCGAACAACCGGCAGAAAAGCAUGAAUAAGUAUUUUCUGCAGGGAAAAAAGUUGUCUUUUAACAUGGGGCCAUAGUCCAAAGGCAGCAGGCGAGCAACCAGGCUUCUCCAGUGUACAGUGGCGAGGUUGGUUUCGCCACACUGAUAGUUCCACCAAAGAGGUCCACCGUGAACGAGCCCCUUUGGUCCGCGAGCUCGAGGAAGAUGGAGCGAAGGAGUUUCCAAUUGCUGGCUACCCUCCAAUGUCUCGAACCAAUCCGCCGUCAGGUUCGACUCCCCCGGUAGAUAUUCCGCCUGGAGGGUGAUGUUGCAUUGGAAGCAGAAGCUGUAGAUCUCCUUCGUCACCUCCGAGAGUCCCCGAGAACAUGCGCCUCCCAAGCAGUUGAUGUAUUGCACCGCCAAAACAUUGUCCAUCCGGAGGAAGAUGCAGCAGUCUGAAAGGUGGCUUGCCAGACUCCGAAUCGCAAACGAUCCUGCAAACUCCGAUUCCCUCUCUUACCACGGUCCCCCCAUGGAGCUGGUCGCGCAGAUGGCACCUCAACCACAUAGACUUGCAUCUGGCUCUAGCACGAAAUCUGGAGUUGGGCCGAAGAUCGCCUUGCCCGGAAACGUAGGAAGGUCUCCUGUGUAGAAAACGGGCCUUGAGCCGUUGCAUGGCCCUGUUAUGAAGCGGGCCCGGGUAGAUCGCCUGGAUCGAGGCCGAGAGGAGACCCACUACCCAAGCCAACAUACGCCGUGGGAUCCGGUCUUGACGUAGGAUCCUCCUUAUUUCUUUUUGAAUGGUCGCUAUUUUGUAUAGAGGCAGACGAAGAACCCAUUAUUUCGCAUCCACUUCGAAAUCCAAGAACUCUUACUUAGGAAGGAGAGAGAGCUGACUUCUCCAAGUUGACCACAAACCCCAGGUGUUCGAAUAAGGAGACUGCAGAGCGUGUCUGACACCUCAGUCUUCAGGGCUCCUCGCAGAAGAUCAGCAAAUCGUCCAGGUAGACGAUACAACGGACGCCCUCUGACCGGAGUCGAGCAAACAACGGCUUCAAGAGCUUGGUGAAACACCACGGAGCCAAGCUGAGGCCGAAGGGAAGACAGGUGAAUUGGCAAGGUCUGCCCUUCCAGAGAAAGCGGAGGAAUCUGCGGCACUCUGCGUCCACCAGGACAGAGAGGUAGGCGUCCUUCAGGUCCAAUCUUGUGAACCAAUCUCACGGCCUGAGGAGGUCCCGUAGGAGAUGGAUGCCCUCCAUCUUGAAGUGGUGGUAGACAAUGAAAGCGUUCAGGUUCCGCAGAUUGAUCACUGGUCGGAAUUCGCGGGACUUUUUCCUUACCAGAAAAAUCGAGCUGAAAAAAUCUUGUGUGGCCGGAGUCCACUGGACCGCGUCCUUGUCGAACAUGGCCCGAAUCUCCGCAUCUAUCAGGGACUGUUGCUCCCUUGAGGAAAUGGGAACUCGCGGAGGGGAAUGAAAAUCUAUGACAUCCCUGAACAGUCCAAAGAACCCAUGCAUCUGAGGACACCUCCCACUACCUGUCCCUGCAGUGAAACAGUCUGCCCGCAUGCAACAGGGGAGAGGGAGAAAUGGCAGGAGUUGUUCUCACCUGAAUCUUGCUCGACCUUUGUCCGAUCUCUGAGAGUAGACGGGCCGGGACUGGUAGGAGGUGAAGAACGAUGGUCCACGGGAUCUUUGGCAGCUAGAAGACCAGAAACGGCUGGAGACACUGUCGUCAAGCCCUGCCAAAAACCUGUGAAGUCUACGGGUGAAAUACCCACUUUAUGGAGGUCUGGGCGUUGUCCAGGGAAGUGGACAGGUUCACAUGCUUAUGCAGUUCCUUUAUGAACGGCUCCCCAAACAGAAGGCCCUUAGCCAGGGGGGCCAAUUCCUUUGACCCCAACUCCGACAAUUUGUUGUCAAUCCGUAAAAGGACCGCCUUCCUGCAUUCCGUGGAGAGUGCCACGUUAGUAUUGCCCAGCAGGCAAAUAGAGCGCAAAGCCCAGUCCCGCAUGGUGGCCAGGUCCAGGGCAGCUCCCUCCGAGUAGGCCUCGUCCGCCAGCAUUAGCAUCCUGCAUAGGGGGCCCAGCAUGUCCAGCAGUUUGUCCUGCGCCAGGCGGAGGCUGCGUUCAACCCCUUUCUUGGGAUCACAACCUGUACUGGUCAUGUAUGUGGUGACCAGGGAAUCAAAUUCUGGCAUGGUGGCUACCUUAUCAGGCAGCACGGGCCUGGGGCAUUCUGCCUGAAGUUUCCUGUGAACUUCCCAUUCCAGAGGCCUGCGGAUCCAGUAAUGCACGAAUUGUGCUAAGUCGUCAGGUAGAGACCUUUCAGAGCACCUGUCUGGGGUGCCGAAUGGCCCGAGGGCUGAACAGGAGUUCGCCCAUGGCGUCCAGGAAGGUGUCGUACUCCACCACGGUAGUCAAUGCCCCUGGCUCAGCCUCACGGUGCCAUUUGGGGUCAUCUUCACGGUCCUUGUCCCAAGCGUCGUCGUCCUCCGAGGGGGACUGGUCCGCCCGCCAUUCAUCCAGAAUGGCCAUAGGUGGUUGGGUGGGAGGGGUAAGGAGACCUCCUCCCCUGCGCCCGAUAAUUGACGGCGCCUGGCCGGUGAGCUUUUCCCUUCCGGGAGUGUGGUUCGGGGCCUUCACCCUUCCAGUAGCGCGUCUGCGCACUUGCCUGCUCUCGUCUAGGAGAGUCUGACUCAGCCGAGUCGUCUACCGUUUGGAGGGGCCCUCUAGCACCCAACUCCAGUUGUGUCUGAGGAAGGGCCCUAGCCUGGGCCUUUUCCACGGAGGCGGCUACUGCCGCAUUUAUCAUGGCCUGCAGAUUCUGUUCCUGGGUAGAUGUUGCCAUGGUCAAGGACACAUGGACAAUGUGACACCUAGGGGCAUAGAGGACAGGUGUGACCAGCAGGUAAUCGGGGCAGCACCCCUAAUAGUGGCAGAGGCAAGUUAGCUAGCGCAUGCAGGGUCCAAAUGCCAAGGGGGCCCAGAGUACAGAGCCGCCAGGCCAGACGUACACAGAGAAUGGCACAGACAAAACAGGCCAAUCAAAGGGGCACAGUCAAAGCAGGCCAGUUAUAUGGGCACAGACAGAGCAGGCCAAAUAAUGUGGUACAGCCAAGGCAUGUCAGUCAGCACUUGCAGGCAACAUGCUGAGUCUAGAUGUAUAGACAUGCAGAAAUGAGUGAGUAGGGUCCACAGAAAUUGCAUUAUGCAAACAUAUGGGAAUAAUACAUGUAGAGUGAUCUAGGUAUAAACAGAACCCUUAUGUGAUCUUUAUUUCAAACAGAAAACCUGUACCAAAUAACAAGCACAUAUACCUUUAAAUCAUAACGUAAACACUAUCUGCAGUAAAACAGGCACAACCCCCAGCACGACCACGAGGCUGCGGGAAGGUGAGUGUCUGGGGGCCGGGAGCAGCCGCUCCCACGUGGCCAGCUAUCCCUCUCACCACCACCCACGCCGCUCAAAUCCGCAGUAAAUCAGACACCGCCAGCGGAAGCGUGGGCAGGGUGAGAGAAGCAGGAGAUGGCUCCCGCUCAGCGGACGGGGGCCAAGACUUGGGACCGUCUGAGUUGUACUCCGCGGUCUGUAACGGGAGGCGGUCGGAGGACCGCUCCCCAGCAACCGCUGGCAACACGAGCGAGCGAGGGGGGGAGGAGCAAGGGUAGGGUGGGCGGAGAAGGCAGGACAAGAGGGUAGAAAGAGAGGGGGUAGGCAGACAGAAGCCAUCCCAGUCACCCAAGCCUGCAGAAAAGCCCAUAGAGAAAGCCCCAAGCAGGGGGAAAGCAUGCAAAACACCCCCACAACGAUAAUAAAUACUGGAAAAACGGUGAAAUGCAAUAAAAUAUCCAAAGCCACCCAAUGUGAACAGGAGGCGGUUGUACGCUGACCUGUGCUUGAUGUGGAGCAGCAAAGAAAGAGGAAGUUGUUGGUUGGGAGAGGCCUUUUAUGCUUUCCUUUUUUGAUUGGUUUUUCUCUCUAUGUUAAUGUGCUGCUGUGGAGUUCUAGUAAAGAGAGACUUAAGCAAGUAUUAAGUCUCCUGUCAUGGUAUAAAAUUAACAUCUAUUCAGAGUUAUUUGGUUAAAUUAGAGCUGAGCAGUCAAGUGCCCUAUGACAUUCAAUAUACUGUAUUUUUGGAAUAUGGGACACCGUUUUUUAACCCAAAAUCAGUGGGGAAAUCCAAGACCUCCCUUAUGGCCCUAUGCGGCCUUCUUUUGCUAGCGGGGAGCUUCUUGUCAACGCCUCCUCUGGGGCCAGACAGAGUAUUUCUCCUGUUGGCACAGGCCAUUCAGAGCGUUGCCAUGGGUUACUACGGCAACACUCCAAUACUAACUCUUUCACCACUGGAUCACCAGGUAUCGUCAUGUCCCCCCUUACUGGCCCAAAGUAGAAUAAGGUCAGAAUAAACUUCUAACUGAAAUUAAAAUAAAUCUAAAUGAAAACAGAAAAAUCACCCAUCCCACUCAACAAGUUGUCACACACUUCAUCCCCCUCAACACACUAUAUUGCCUAGAUACACACCCAAGUACACUACUUACCCAACACAUCACAUCCCCUUCAUACACUACAUCCUGUAUACACACUCACAAUAAUACUACAUACCUUAUACACAUAAACUGAAGUUUACUGUAAUAAUGGUACUUGUUGUUUUCCUUUUUUUUUAUUUUUUAUUUCUAGUUAAAAUUUAUGAGUACUCUUUGUGUUUUUGUAAAAUUUAUGAGUCUCUUAUAUUUUGGUGCAUCUUAAAGGUAAAGUUAUGCAUUUGUAGAUAAGAAACAAGUAACUUAAUGGUGUAACGGAUCACCUGGCACCCCGACUGGGUACCUCCGUUGAAGGAUGCUCCUAGCGCUUCCUGAGGACUCCAAGCACUGCAGCAGACACCACAACCACCGAACCGGAGAAGCAUACGAAUGCUCUCAAGCAUAUGAAUGCUGUAAGCAGCUGAACAGGAAAAGCAUACAAUCAGCAUACAAUCCAAUUCCCCCAAUAACGAGACGACACUUCGUUUUGAGGUCAAGCAGAACUGACUGUACUGGCACAUACAGCCUCUUUUAUUCACAAUCCACAAACAUAUUACUGCCCACAGGGUUUUGAAAUACAACCAAUCAAUCCGUACAAUACACACAGACACUCCCACACAAAAUCCUCCCCUCUGCCUGUGAUAUGAUUACUGAACACAAUGGUUAAUCUAAUUAUCACAGGCAGAGAAAUACGGUAUCAUAAAACACAUCACAGGCACCCUAAAACAUGCAAUAACCCCAUAAAGUUAUUGUUUAUGUAAGUAUAUCGUUGGAACCGGGGGAUCUGGGUGAACCACAUAUCUAAAAUUCACCCAGAUCCGUUCAGUACUUUGGAAGAUACAGUUUAAUGCAGAUUCCACAGAACAUAUGCAGGCUAUAUGAAAAACAAUUACUUUAUAAUGUGUCCCCUGUUGUAUAGUCCAAAACCACUGCACGAUGUCUCUGUGCACCAAAUACCGGCAAGAUGGCACCGUGUAGAAAAGUCUACACAGUGUCUGGGAGUUAAAAUGGCCGCCAUCCAUUGUUCUCACCAUGUGCCUCUGAUACAUGAAAUGGUGGCCACCCAGUAUCUCCAAAGUAUGUCCCCAGAUGGUUCUUAUAGGGCCAGCAGCAGCACAACACAAAUUCAUUAUGCCCAAAUCAUUUCUUUAAAGGGCAAUACAUCCCAGGGGCCAUAGUCACAUGGCAGGAGGCGGGCAAUCAGUCUUCUCCAAUGUCCAGUGGCGAGGUCGGUUUCGCCACAAAUGGAUGCAACUAUUUGUCUGAAUUGGGCAUUGUUAAACAACAGAUUAGAUGUCUGCGGCUUUGUAAAAGUCGGUAAGGUAUUGCCAUGCAUAAAACGGGGUGUUUGUGUGGGGGCAUACCUAAGGAAUGCACCUCCUUUCCAUUCUGCAGUGUUUAACAAUGUAUAAUUUGUUUUUUUAAUCAAUAAAAAUGAUAGUAAACAUUGUCUUAGUUUGGCGAGAAUGCCGCCAGGAAUUUUGCAGGGAUGUAAAAUAUUGUCAAACACAAAUUUAAAUAAUAUAUACCCAUAUUUGAACACAAUUACCAUAUAAUGCAUUUAAAGGACCACUAUAGUGCCAGGAAAACAUACUUGUUUUCCUGGCACUAUAGGGUCUCUAGGCCCCCACCCUUAGGGUCCCCCUCUCACCGGGCUCUAGGGUGAGGAAGGGGUUAAACACAUACCUUUUCUCCACCACUGGGCACCCUCGGUGCUGGGGACUCUCUGCCUCUUUUCCCCGUCAUCGGCUGAAUGCGCAUGCAUUCUUAAUGCUUUCCUAUGGACGCUGGCGUCUUCUCACUGUGAAAAUCAGUGAGAAGCGCCUCUAGCGGCUGUCAAUGAGACAGCCGCUAGAGGCUGGAUUAACUGAUAGGUAAACAUAGCAGUUUCUCUGAAACUGCUAUGUUUACAGCAGAAAGGGUUCAUCCUAGAUGGACCUGGCACCCAGACCACUUCAUUGAGCUGGGUGCCUAGAGUGGUCUGGGUGCCUAGAGUGGUCCUUUAAUAUGAAUUGGGCAAAUCCAGCCUGUAGUAGCUUUAAUUGUAACUUGCACGUUAUUUUUUUUUUUUUUGAAUUCUAACUGUACCCUUCCAGAAACCUUUAACAAGAAAAAGUUUAAACAUAAUUUCUCUAAAGAUAUAUAUGUUUAUUUUUUAAUCUUCAAAUUUCACUUAAAUUUUUUUCUUUUUAUGUAGGUCAGUGACUGUUGAGAAAUGUCACAACAGUACAAUAAUCUUGGGUCCAGUACAGUCUUCCCUUCAUGUCCAAAUGUGCGACAACGUGAAGAUUAUAAGUGUUUGUCAGCGCUUGUCUCUUUUGUCUACCACAAAUUGCACUUUUCAUGUUCUGACUCCAACUAGACCUCUUCUCUUCUCUGGAAAUCAGGGUGUUGUAUUUGCUCCCUAUCACACACACUACCCAAUGCUUGAAGAUCAUAUGGGACAGACAGGAUUAGCAACAUUACCGAAUUACUGGGACAGGCCUCUUUCCCUGGCUGUAGACAACAGUGACCAAAAAGUAUGGAAACUUAUUUCUCCAAGAGAAUUCACUACAUUUGUUGUGCCUUUUGAAAUGGAAGGAGAUACAACUGAAAUCCCUGGGGGUCUGCCUCCAGCUUUUCUAAAAAGUACUGUGCAAAGAGAACAAAAGGUGCAAAUGUGGCAAAAAACUGUAAAGGAAGCAGGAUUAACUAAGUGAGUGAAAAUAAGAACAGAAUUUGAAAAAUUCAUUGUGUGCAAUGAGCACUUUAUUAGGGGCAGCUGCUGUUGAUUCUGCAUAUGUAUGUAACUACAAUGUGAGCUGUAUGAAAAGACAGAGAUAAUACUGCAGCAAAUGUUUCCAGGAAGAUGUACAUUGUGUUGUUCCUUUGGUAUAGAUAUAUAUCUGUAAACAUAUUGAGCUUCCUCCAAGCUGAGACUAUUUAAAUGUAGAGAUAUUGAUAGAGCAAGGAGACUCUUGGUCCUGGAGAUGUUUAACUAAAAACUUAAAUGCUGCUGUUGCCCCACUUAGGACACAUUUAAAUGUUGGCCUUUUGUUCUUCCUCCUGGUAUAUGAAAUAAUAAUACAUCAUAAAAUAUAUGUAGUUGGGCAUUGCUUAAUGAAUGGUACAUUUCUAAAUUGCAGGGAGCAGAGAAAACAGUUCCAGGCUCUUGUUGAGCUCAAGUUUAAUGAAUGGCUAAAAAGCACAGGAAACCGGCAUCAGCUGGACAGCCUUGUACAACCAUCUGAUGUUUCCAAACAAGUCGCUGGAUAAAAAUGAUCUAAGUGCAUUUUGAACAGGUAAUAAUUUAAACAAGUCACAUUGAAACAAAAUAAUGAUAAACAGAAAUCUUACUGUAAAUUAUGUUUUCUUCAUAUUAGUAGCAAUACACUUUUUCAGGAGGUUCUCUAGGAGAACAGCAUAUUUAAUUCAGCUUUGUUUCUUUUAAUGUACUCCUAUAUUUUGAAUGAUAUUCAUAUUUUUACUUUUCUAUUUUUAUUUUUAAUAAAUGUCAUGCAAGACUUGAAAUACAAACAUUUCUAACUUGUAUUUCACAAAAUGAAAGCUGUAUUUACUAUACUGAAUGCAACUAAUUGACUCCUGACAAUAAAAAGAUUGAAACUUAAUAAUCUUUCAAUCUCCUCUUGUGGAAAAUAUUGAUCUGGUUUGUAAAAGCCCAGAACACCCUGGCACACUGUAUACAGCAAAUUGAGACACAUCUAGAAACCUGUGAAACAAAGCUUACCGAUUUGUGGUCAUGGAGAAACUACUUGCAAGCACUGCAGCAACUGGAUUUGCAGGCCUAUCUUUGCACCCAACCUCCCCAUGAAUAUGCUAUUACUUGAACGUGCACAUGCGUUCCCUAAGCCAAAGUAAUUACCCAUAGCAGCACUGAAAUAUGUCCUACGGAGGAUGCACUACCUCCAUGUCAUAGAAGGGCUUGUAGACUGAGAAAUUAGGUACCUCUUGGAAUAUAAGGAGUUAAUUGUGACUACACUAUGCAAGCGGAAAAGUUUAAGGAGGUUCACUGAAACCUUGCGGAACCACCAUAUCUCGUAAGCUCCUCACUCACUGAAAUGGAACAACCGCUGUGGUGGUGACACUGUAGAAAUGCAACCGUUUGCUUAGUACAGUUCGAUGUCCACCUUUAGUAUACAGCCAAAUUUGUGAUGUUCCCAGAAUGCUGAUCAUGUCACCUUUGUACACCAGAGAGUACCUUGUGGAAAAUUACUCCUCUUUUACUCACCCCUCAAGAUGGGAACUAUCCAUUACAGGUUACCAAAUUAUGAUUUAUGGGAAAUCUUGACCUCCCUUACCUAUUUCAUUAGGUGAACAUUUCAGAGUGCUAAUGAGAGCACAUCUAUACAAAGGAAAGAAAACCAAAAAGAAACCAUAAUCCGUUCUUAGUCAUUGCAUUGUAAAAUGAGAAAAUAAAUGUGUUAAUUUUCGUGGUCUUUUUCAACAACAGAAGAUCUUAGUUUUGUUUAUUUACAAUGUUUUUAUUUCAUUGCAAUUCAUGGAUCAGAGCAUUUGAGGUUAGCUUUAUUUGACUACAUUUGAGUGCGUUUUUACUAAAUAUGAUCUGAAAAUGUAAUCUCAGAAUUCUACCCCAUAUGUUAUACUCCAUUUAAAAGCUACUCCCUCAAAGAAUUGAAAUGCUCUUCAGCAGCUUUAACGUCUACAAGAGACAUUUCUAAAUGAAUGCACAUCCGUCCUUACACCCCAAUGAAUACCUGCUUUCAGUUUCAUGCCACCUAAUCAAAUACGUCUAGUGAGUUUCUGUCCCUUUGGCAGACACAUUGCCUUUUUACUGCAUAGACAUAUUUUAUACCAGAUACCCUUUCUCAUCUGUUCCAUCAACAAUGAGUUAAACCACAGCAAACAUGCUAUUUUUAUGCUCCUAAUACUGAACAAAGGAGCGUUCUCCUUAUCUUGCAGUUAUCCCAUAUUCAAAAAGAAACCAUAGAGUACCAGAUCAUAAUUUGGUAACCUGUAAUGGAUAGUUCCCAUCUUGAGGGGUGAGUAAAAGAAGAGUAAUUUUCCACAAGGUACUCUCUGGUGGCUAUAACUAUGUAUUUGAUCCAAGCCUAGAAUCCUCACUCGAACCCUCCACACAGAGCUCUAAAAGCUUCAAAAUCACUAUAAAGUACUACUUUGAUUGCUAGAGAGACAUACAUCACCUUGAGUUAACUAUCUCCUUUUAAAAGCUUUAGCUGUUGCCUUACGCUGCAGACUGAAAGAAACAGGUCAAUAUGGCUUUUUUUUUUUUUUAGGUCAUUUAUAAGUUCCAUAUUUAACAGAAGUAUUUAAUAAUGCUUGGAACAAAGGUCUUGGAAUAUGCAAACUGCAUACUCAUUGUCAAAUACCCUGUUGGCCUAUCUUUGAAAAUCAACUAGGAUCUGAUAAAUUGUUACUCUAAACUGGUUUCAUAAAUAUAUUGCCUAUUACCAAGUGAGGCCUAGGACAUAUUGAACUCAUUCCUAAAGAUAUAAAAAGUUAAUAUCAGUGCCAUAUCAGAGUAAAAUGUGAGAUUAAUAGUGGUCAGUGGGGAGGGAUGGAAGGGGAGAACUGGGGUUACUUUAGUAUUCUAGAUGCAAUGUGAGGUUUUCUUCUUAUCUGAUACCAUUUUUCCCUGAGCGAGUAUAUAAUGGUUCAACAUUUGCAACUGACAAGAUCUACCCUUACUUUUCCUGUCCCUAUUUUUAUACCCAAAUCUUUUUUGUUUAACACUUGGGAUAUCUUUUCUUAAUGUUACUUGUACAUAUUGGAUACAUAUUUUCACUUGUCAAAUUGAAAAUAAAUUGAUAAAAACAAACAACUGAUAUGCAUAGGUUGAAGUUUAUAUUUGUGAUUUAAUUUAAAUUUCCCCCCCCGUGUUUCAGUAAUUCCAGUGAUAGUUACCUGGCAGAUUACAGAAACCUACUUAGCAGAUACCGAUUGCAUAUGGGCUUUUACCAUGCUUGAAGAUGAGAGAAACGGCAGACUGAACAAAGAAGCAGAAGUUAACUAAAGUACCAGCGAAGAAACAAGCAUGCUGGUUUUAAGUGCACAUGUAUAUGUGUUACCCCUGGGAACCCCAGUGCCAGAAGCAACUAGUCCUAUUAAAGGAUGAUGACUCUUCUAAAACCAUUUAAAUGCAGUCCAGUAUUUCUUCAUAGGAAUUCGUAACACAUGAGACUUAACACUGCUUUUGAAUUCAAAAUAUACUUAAUAGUAUAAAUUAGAAAAAUAACACAUGCUUAAGUCCAAAGCCAAGCUGUGUGGUAAUAUAGUAGAAUGGAAUGCAGCCUUACUGGCAACUUAAGCAUUUUUAAAAUGCAUUUGUUUUGAUUUGCGGCAAGUUUAAAAACUUGCGAUUUUGACAGAUCGACACAUUGCUGUGAAUAAUUUAUUUAAGAGGUGAAUAAAAUCAAUCUUUUCUUACCAAAGGUUUUUUUUUGGUUCUUUUAAGUUUCAGUUCUACAGGUUAUUCGUACACAUUUUACCAUGAAAAUACACACACA